GAGCGCACCUAUGCCAUCCGCAAGGCGCAUGUCAACGUGGACAAGGCGCUCAAGGCUGCUGAGGUGGUGCUGGAGAAGUAUGACGUGGCGAGGCAGGUGGAGGAGCGAAUCAAAGAGGGUCCCAAGAACGCCUUGGACCCGUACCUGGCAGCGAUAGCCCGCUUGCACGAGGGCGUGGGGUACUUUGAGGCAAACCGGUCGUUCAAGAGCGCGGAGGCGGCUCUGGCUCACUCCAAGGCGCUGCUGAGGGAGGGCCAUCACCGACUGGACGAUGCCCUCCGGCAGCACCUCCUGCAAUUCACCAAGGAUGCAGACCCGGCGAAGCUGCUAGAUGCGAGCAAGCAGGGCGAGGAGGAGGCGGGCGGGGAGGGCGAGAAGGAGGGUGGUGGGCUGCCGGUGCUGCUGGCUGAUGGCAAGGCGGGCGAACGCAUCCGCCAGCUGGCAGAGGCGCUCAUCCGGAUUGGCAGGGCUGAUAACUGCCUUAAAAUAUACACCGAGGUGCGAGGAACGAUGGUGGAGGCGGGGCUGAAGCGCAUUGCCGUGGAGAAGCUCACUCGCGAGCAGAUGGACGGCAUGUCCUGGGGGGAGCUGGAGAAGCGUAUCGAGGGGUGGCGACGGCAGACCCGGCUGGCGGUGCACGUGGUGUUCAUGGCAGAAAGGGAGCUCUGUGAAACGGUACUGGCAGGGUUGGAGCCGCACACAGGGAAGGCAUUUGCAGACCUGGCGGGGCUCACGCUGGGCAUGCUGUUUGGCUUCGGGGAGGCCGUGGCGCGCAGCAAGAAGUCCCCCGAGAAGGUGUCUGUGCUCAUGGACAUGUACGAGACCAUGCGCGAUCUGAUGCCACAGGUGGAGGUGGUGUUUGCGGGUUCAGCCUGUGACGCCAUACGGGGCAGUGCGCAGCAGCUGCUGCAGCACCUGGCGGCGGCGGCCAAGGAGGCGUUCAACAACUUUGAGCUCGCAGUGGAGAGUGAGGACAGCGACAAGGUGCUGCCCGAUGGCGCCACGCACGGCCUCACCAGCUACGUCGUCAACUACCUCAAAUACCUUUAUGACUACCAGGCGACCAUGCAGGAGCUGUUUGGCCGAGAGAACCUCUUUGGCGAGGCCACAAUCCGCAUCUUUGCAGCUCUGCACGCCAACCUGGAGAGGAAGAGCAAGCUCUACCGCGACCCGGCGCUCACCCAGCUGUUCCUCAUGAACAAUGUUCACUACAUCGUGCAUGCCGUGAGAAAGGGCGAGCUGAAGGAGGUGGUGGGGAAGGACUGGAUCGACCGGCAGCGGCGCAUCGUGCAGCAACAUGCAGCGGCGUACCAACGGACUUCGUGGAACAAGAUUUUUGGGCUGCUGACGUCAGCAGGGCUAAAUGCGGACGGCAAGGAGGGCAGCGUGAGCCGCAGCGCCCUCAAAGAGAGGUUCCGCGUGUUCAAUGCAACAUUUGAGGAGCUGCAUCGCUCGCAGUGCAUGUGGAAGAUCCCCGACCCCGAGCUGCGAUCCGCCGUGCAGCUGCAGAUCGCUGAAGUGCUGCUGCCCGCCUACCGUGCAUUCGUGCAGCGAUACACUCCGGUGCUGGAGAGCGGCGGUCGGUUUGGGCGCAGCAGCGAGGCGGCCAGCAAGUACAUUCGCUUCACGGAGGAGGGCCUGGACUCGCUGCUCAACGAGUUCUUCCAGGGCAGGGAGAGCCGCAACAUCCUCCUCACUCAACCCGCUGCCCGCUAG